AUGAUAAUUUUAUUUUAAUUGAUACCAACUUUGUUUUGUUUCAAUUAUUAGGGUAUUAUUAAUCAAGAUCUUAAUCAUAUAUAGAAUGAGAUAAUAAAUGGUUCAUUACUUUAAGGUAGAUUAUCUAUAACAGAUGUGGAAAAUUUAUUUACAGAACUUGAAAGUACAACAAAUUUUGUCCACUCAUAAAAAAUAGGAGAAUCUUAUCUUAAUAAAACUAUUUAAUCAUAUGCAUUAUGCGCGAAUUUUAGUAAAGAAAAGCCAAUGAUGCUUAUUACUAGUUUACAUCAUUCUAGAGAAGUAGCUACCUUGCAAAUGAAUAUUUAUUUAUUUCUAUAUAUAUUAUGGUAAGUAGAAAAUGAAAAGAAUCCAUUUUAUAUAAAUAUGAUUAAUCAUAAUUGUAUCCUGUAAUAAAUUUGAUCUAAUUUAGGAUUGUCCCUUUUGUUAAUAUUGAUGGAUAUAACGAAAUUGAAUCUGAAUUUAAUAACAAUAAUUUUUAACCUUUGACUAGAAAAAAUCUAAAUAGGACUAUUCCUUGUUAUUAAAAAGAUGAAUUAGCUGGUAUUGAUCUGAAUAGAAAUUAUGGAUAUCAUUUUGCAUAUGAUAAUAUUGGCAGUUCUAAUGAUCCAUGCGAUGAAACCUAUAGAGGAAAUGAAGCAUUUUCAGAAAAAGAAACUUAAGCAAUUAAAUAUGCUGUUUAAAACUUUAAUAUAAAAAUGGCAAUAAAUUUACAUUGCUUCGGAAAUUUGUGGGUUUUACCUUAUAGUUAUGCUAAUGAAGAAUUAGAUUAAGAUGGUGUUCCAUAUCUUAUUUAUGAAGAUUUUAAACUUAAUGGUCAAUUUCAAGGAAAUUAUAAAAUUGGUCAUGCUAUUGAUUUAGUUUAAUAUACAGCAAAUGGAGAGGCUGCUGAUUGGAUGCUUUCUUAAGGUAUUUUAAUUAAAUAUUAUAAAUUUAGGUGUCAUUGCUAUAAGUCCAGAAUUAGGAGAACAAUCUAAUACACAUUUUUUUAGUAACUUUUAUCCAGAUCAAAAAUAAACAAUUAAAUUAUUGAAAACUGAAUUCCCUCCUUUGAUUCAAUUUAUUAAUUACUUACCUUUCUAACCUUUAAUCAAAUAAUUAUAUCAGUAUAAUGAAAGUAAUACAUAAAAAUUAUUUUAUACAUUAUCUACCAAUUAAUAUCUUAUAGAAGUUUAAUGCAUUAACCAUGGUGUAACAAAUGGAUCUAAUCAAAAUUUUAUAGUUUCUGAUUCUGUUUAACUGAUUGAAGCAUAUUAUAUUAAUCUUAAAUAUGAUCAAAUAUUCUAAAGGGAAACAAUGAAUACUUAAAAAUUAUAAAGAAUUAAACAUAUAAAUAACACUUUUUCAACUGAUUAAUUUGUACCAAGAAGCCAAAUAAUUUACCUUUUAAUUUUGGAGAAAAUACGAUUUGAAAAUGAAGUAAAAUUCUAUUUCGAUCUCAAUGGAGAAGAAAAAAUAAACAGUAAUAUUAUUAAAUUUAUAAUUUAUAGCCCUUACUAUAAAGGAUAUUAAUUAUGACUAAAAAUAAUUAAAAAUUAUCCAAUAUCAAAAACUUUAUAAUUUAUUGUAUAUAAGCCUUUUUAUAAGUUUAAUCAUUAUUAUUGGAAUACUUCAUUAAAUUAUACUUAAAAAAUCAACAAAUAAGAAAUAAAAUAGUAUCUUAAAACUUAUGGAAUAAAAGUCUGAAUAAAUUGAAUUAAAUUUGUAAAUUUGA